AUGCAGUGUGCUGGGAUGUGGGGCAGGAGCGGGAGCAGCACCAGGCGCAUCCUCACGCUGACGGCUGUCCUCUCCCCCCAGGUGAAGGAGAACAACUACCGGGGCCACGGAGACAGCGUGGAUCAGCUCUGUUGGCACCCCAGCAACCCUGACCUCUUUGUCACAGCGUCUGGGGACAAAACCAUCCGCAUCUGGGACGUCCGCACCACCAAGUGCAUUGCCACUGUGAACACCAAAGGUGAGAACAUCAACAUCUGCUGGAGCCCCGAUGGACAGACCAUCGCCGUGGGGAACAAGGAUGAUGUGGUCACCUUCAUUGAUGCCAAGACGCAUCGCUCCAAAGCUGAGGAACAGUUCAAGUUUGAGGUGAACGAGAUCUCUUGGAACAAUGACAACAACAUGUUCUUCCUCACCAACGGGAAUGGCUGCAUCAACAUCCUCAGCUACCCAGAGCUGAAACCCAUCCAGUCCAUCAACGCCCAUCCUUCCAACUGCAUCUGCAUCAAGUUUGAUCCCAUGGGGAAGUAUUUUGCCACGGGCAGUGCCGAUGCCUUAGUCAGCCUUUGGGAUGUGGAUGAGCUGGUAUGUGUGAGGUGCUUCUCCAGGCUUGACUGGCCUGUGCGGACUCUGAGCUUUAGCCAUGAUGGGAAGAUGCUGGCGUCAGCAUCAGAAGAUCACUUCAUUGACAUUGCCGAGGUGGAGACAGGAGAGAAGCUCUGGGAGGUGCAGUGUGAGUCCCCUACCUUCACAGUGGCCUGGCACCCGAAGAGGCCACUGCUGGCCUUCGCCUGUGAUGAUAAAGAUGGCAAAUACGACAGCAGCCGGGAGGCUGGCACCGUCAAGCUCUUCGGGCUCCCCAACGACUCCUGAUGAAGCUGCCCCUGGGGAGGCAACACCUGCCUACUCUUGGAAGUGGGAGCUUAGUGUAGAUGGGGCAAGGAGUUGGCUCCCCUCCUUGGCAGCCUGGCAGGGCUGUGACCUCGGGCUUGGCUCAGUGCAUCCUGCUCUUGGGAGCAUUUGUAAAUAGGCAGCUGUGUGAUGGGGAUGAUGGGGGUGCUGCAGGCCCCCCCUCUGCCGCCUCCUCUCUGGAGCAUGGGGAGCUUGUUCCAAAGGCAAGUGGCCAAAGAAAAUCAGUCGCUGGAGGUGGCUGCUGAGGGGCCUUCCAUGAGAGGAGCUGCCCUCUGACCAGUCUCCACAGCAGUGAUAAGCUAUGUGACUGUCCCCUUGUCCCCAACAGCCUGGUGGCGAGGGCAGCCCUGGGAGCACAGCCUGCCCCUUUUCUUCCCAGACAUACCAUGUCCCUUCCCUGUGCUGGGGCAGUGAGGGGAUGGUGAAGGGAUGCAAGCUGGGAGACGUUUCCCCAGCUGGGGCUGAGUUUUUUUAAUACUUGUUUUUUUUCUAAUUUUGAUAAAUUCUC